UUCAAUAGAUUCACAAAUCUUUGAUCAUAUGUUAGUAGGAAUAGGAUUGUUUGAAUUGAGCGAUUUACCUUCCUAGAAGGACUAGGAUUCCAAAACCCAACAAUAUUUAUAUGUCUUUGCCUCUGCAACUCUUCAAUUCGUUCUUCCUUUCGUCGAUUUGCAAGCUAACGUUUACAUGGGUUCUCUGCCUGUUCGUGACAUACAGCUUUUGACCCAGACAGAGACAACAGAAGCACAACAGAGACAGAGAGAGCGUGAAGAGUGUAGGAGACAAUUGAUGGAGGACGCGGAGAGAUUGAUGGAGGAAGGCGAGAGACUGCAAGCGCAAUUCGAUGGGGUUGGUAAUGGUAUGCCGAUGCCGGAGGAGGAGGAGGAUGAAGAAGAGGACGUGGAGGAAGAGAUAUUGGAAGAAAGCGUGAGGCAAGAAAUUGCUGUUGCUGGUUCUCAUGGUAUGGUUCCGGCCACCAUAAAAUCCAUACUUUCCUUGGAGAGAGUUGGAGUUGAUGAUGCCGAAGAAGAUUAUUCAUGUGCAAUCUGCUUGGAGGAAUUGGCUUCUGGGUCGAAGGUAUGUCGCAUGCCUUGCUCUCAUGGAUUUCAUGAUGGGUGCAUAGUUAGAUGGUUGAUGACACGCCAUUGUUGCCCAAUGUGCCGUUAUGAGUUGCCAACUUAUUGAUUGCUGGGAUAAUCAGUUCUUGUUUAUUUUUCUAAGUAAAUUUUAUUGGUGGUCUAGAUAGGCAAACGAAUCGUGCUUACAAGGUCGGUGUAGUGCGCUAUGUGGCCAUUGUAUAAGGUGUUCGAUAAAAUGCCUCAAUGGUUUGCUUCAUAUAGAGGUGCAGUGGUUAGUGGUUGAACAAAGAGCAAUUGUUGCCCACCUAUCCUAUAUUGUUCUGAGAUAUCACAACCAAA